GUAGUGGCGUCAGUUGAGCGCGCGCCAUCAUCCUUCCCCAUGUCUCCUCCGCCGUCGAUGGCUCCCUCGGCACUGCCUUCUAGAACCUUCCACCGGCCCCCGCUUCCCUCCCCUGCUCCCCCUACGCCGCCUCCUCCGAGGGAGACGGCCGUGGCAUGCCGCCUCUCCCGGCGGAGGGUGGCCGCGCAGCUCCUCCUCUCGGCCGGCUUCCUCACCGCCGUCUGCCCGCUGCCAGCGCUCGCCGCAAGGAGGGGCCGCCAGACCGUACGGCCAGAGGAUUACGCGUCUACACCUGAGGGCUUGAAGUACUAUGAUCUUGUCGAAGGGAAGGGCCCAACUGCUGAGAAGGGGUCAACUGUUCAGGUGCAUUUCGACUGCAUAUACCGGAGCAUCACGGUGGUGUCGAGCCGCGAAGCGAAGCUCCUAGCAGGGAACCGGAGCAUCGCGCAGCCUUACGUGUUCACUGUCGGAUCGCUGCCUGGGAAAGAGCGGAAGCGGGACUUCGCGGACACCGCCAACGGGCUGUACUCCGCACAGGCUUCGCCAAAGCCUCCCGCGGCUAUGUACAUGAUAACCGAGGGGAUGAAAGUAGGGGGAAAGAGGAGGGUCAUUGUUCCCCCGGAGCUCGGAUAUGCGAAAAAGGGCUUGAACGAGAUACCGCCUGAUGCUAGUUUUGAACUGAAUAUAGAGCUCUUGCAAGUGAUCCCUCCUGCAGAAAAUUGACCAUUCUCGUUUUGCACUGGAUGUGAAAGAUUGAUGAGGUACUUGUGAAGUUUCACAAAUUUUAGAGGAAUGUGCCUAUUUUAUACUUUUUUCGUUCUCGUUAACCAUACAUGUACGUGAGAAAUACGAUGACAAUAUAUUUUGCCUGGAUAUC